AUACAUAAAAUAUGAACUUCAAAUCUAAACCAAAAUAUAUUGGUAGUAUUGUUGCUUAGUGGAAUUUAAAUAUUAUUAGUACAUUUAAUUAACAUGUUGCAUGAUGCAUAUAUAAAUGAGACCAAGUAAAAAUUACAUGACAGCAGCAGUGCAGCACCUUUGAAAGCUCCAAGUCCAAGAUAAAUGGAGGUCACUUAUGAAAGAGAAGAUGAAGAAUUAAUUGGUGCAGACUUACAAACAAGAAGAAGAAGAUUUGAAUCUCAACAACCAAUUAAAAGUCACAAUUCUACCAGCAGUGACAGUAGUACUUUAACAAGUGACAGUAGUUUUGAAUAUUCUGCAAGUAUGGAUAAUAAUACUACUAUUAGUGUUACAAAUGGUGAAAAUCAUAAUAUUAUUGAGGGUAAAUUUGUUGCUGAAGAAGAUACUGUUGAAGUUUUGUCUGAAGUUGAUGAAGAGGAGCCCAAUAAUAGAGAGAAUAAUGACAUUAAUGUAGCACAAAAUGGAGACAACAAUGGAUUCAAUGUCAAACAAAAUGGGGAUGGUGUUGUUGAAUACUCUUCUCCAGAUAUCAAUGGAGGAGAUGAGGAAACGGAUACCGGACUGAAUACUUCUAGUUUCUCUAAGAGCCCAGAAAUAGCUGUUGGACUCAAGUAUGUGGAGAGCUUGUUGGAUGAGGGCUCAAACGGCGUCAAUGACACGCCGUUUGAGACAUAUAAUACUGAAAAUAUAGUGAACAAAACUCUGAUUGUAAAUGGCCAAAAUGAAAUUGUUGAAACAGGCCAUACUCAAGAAGUUGAACCAGAAGUUGAAGGAUUUGAUGUUGAGAGGGUGAUACAGAAUCAGGAAACACAUGAUUUAUUUUGUCCUAAUUGUCAUUCAUGUAUUACCAAACGAGUCAUUCUGAAAAGAAGAAAAAGAAAAAUCCAAGACAUUUCCAAGGAUGAAAGUGUUGCACAAAAAGAUGGUAAAUUGACUCCCAUGAAUCCUGAUGAAGUUCCUGAGAUAGAUGAAAGGGAGCCAGAAAAUGAACUUCCUCGAGAUGAAAUAGGUCCAGAUGCGCGUCUUGAUGCCAUAUCGUGCUUUUCGUGCUUCAGCAUUUUCGUUCCUAAAGGAGAUGGUUUUCUAUGCUGGAGAUUCAAGCCUAAACAAGCUGUCUUGCUGCAGCCAGGUGACGCAUCAACCGAAUCCACGGAUCCAGUGGAAACCGAAAUAGAUGGUGGCAGAGGCACGACUUUUCCUUUGUGGAUCCUGACUUGCUGUCAGCCAUACCAUACUGAGAAGCCAGUACCGAAGCCUGAACCCAGGCUCCCACCAAUAUCUGAUGAUGGUGCAGCAGUCCCACCCCUUAAUAGUGAACUUUCAUCACCGCCAUCUCAUGAUACACCCAUACCUCACAAAGGUCAACCUACUAUAAUACUUGAUGAUACUGACUUACCACCUUCCACUGGACCUGCUGAGGAUAUUUUGUUAGCACCAGAACCUCUACCUCCUGUAACAUCUGAAGGAGGCAAGGAUUUCCCACUGUGGUUCCUAACCUGCUGUCAACCUUCUGACAAAGUCAAACCAGAGCAUUCAUCAACAGCCACAGAAGUCCCAACCCAUGAGACGAACUCUCCUUCAGCACCAUCUGAUGACAUACCAGUACUUCCUACUCAAUCUCCUGCAGUACUUGAAUCUGCCAUUUCUUCCUAUGAUUCUGCAGUAUCUAAGGAUCCCCUGACUCCCAUAGACCCUUCUGACGAAAUCAAGUUACCACUUAAACAGAAAGUUCUUGAGAUAUCUGAUGAAGGUCCAAAAGUACCACCCCACGAGAGUGAACGUCCUCCUCCACCAUCUCAGAAUAUUUCAAUUUCUACUGCUCAAUCUUUCAAAACGCCUACUUAUGAUGCUGAUGUCCCUGUACUCCCUGAACACAAACCUCUUGUAACACCUGGAGCAGUGGCAGAAACAGGUUUUCCAUUAUGGUUCCUGACCUGCUGUCAACCGUCCAUGGAUGAAAGCAGAUCAAAACCUUCAAAGGAACCAGGUACAGGGGUCUUACACCAUGAGAGGGAACCUCCUGCAGCACCAUCCGAUGAUAUACAAGUACCUCUUAUGCCUCAACCUCCUGUAAAAGCUGAACCCGGGCAACUAUUAUCAACUAAGCCUAUAUCUCCCAUAAAUCCUGGUGAUGACAUCCUAUCACCACCUGAGCCAGAAGCUCCUCGUACUCCUCCAAACGAAGAGGUGAUCGUGCCACUUCCUGAUGCAACUAAACUUCAACCUUCAGUUACACAGCGUGAUCCAUCUGAAUCACGGCCUUCACUGGAUGUGAUCGUGCCAAUUUCUGAUGAACCUAUGCCUCAACCUUCAGUCACACAUCCUGAUGCAUCUGGAUCAGGACCUUCACUGGGCAUUAAGCAAUCACUCCUGGAACAUCCACUUGAACUUCCUAGACCUGGAGUUUCUGGGUUGGACAUAAUUAAAGCCAUUGUGUAUGGCGGUCUUUUGGAAUGCAUCACCAGCCUAAGUGUAAUAACUUCUGCAGCUGGUGGAGAUGCCACCACAUUGAAUAUUGUAGCUUUGGGGCUUGCAAACGUCUUUGGAGGGCUGAUUGUUCUUCUUCAUAGUCUAAGGGUGCUGAAACAUGAGCAAGCAACAGAGCGUUAUGAAGAUCAACUUGGAAGACCAGGCCACUAUGUGCUGCAUGCAAUUGUUGCCAUUCUAUCCUACCUUGUUUUCGGCCUACUAUCUCCUGUCAUCUACGGCUUUUCCUUCCGCAAGAGUGAUAACAAGGACUACAAACUCGCGACACUAGCAGCUGCUUCGCUUGCUUGUAUCACUAUUCUUUCUAUAGCAAAGGCAUAUGUCCGAAGGCCUCCAAAGUCAUAUCUAAAAACCAUCUUUUAUUACGUCGUCAUGGGAUUCAUGGUGUCAGGUGUUGGAUAUGUUGCUGGUGAUCUAAUAAACAUGCUACUUAAGAAGCUCGGUGUGUUCGACCCUAAGGCUCCUGUCACUAUGAUGCCUGUGCUUGAAGCAGGAGCAAUGAAGGGGCCAUGGUCAUCUUACUGAUCAUUGUUUGUAUUUGAGACUGCUUUUUUGUCCUCUUUUUAGGCUUUAUUCUACAACUAGAAAACUGAUAAGUGAGUGAGAGAUUAUGCUUGACCUUUGCAUUUGAUCAUUUAGUAUUCUUUGUAGCCUAAUGUAAGUUUAUAAACAGUUUUGUGAGGAACAUAAUAAGAAGAAAAGCUAAUUCUAUUUUUUUCUUAA